AUGACAGACCAAAAAAAGCCGCCGCCACAAUUGGAAUUUGAGAAAGACGAGGAGUGUGUGAGUCUAUACCAAGGAAAAACGGCCUACCUCGUGAAAAUUGCCAAGAUCAAACAUCGGAAUAACUACACUCACUAUACAAUCAGCUAUCCAGGAUGGGGUGAUCAACACGACGAGGUGAUUUGUUCGACGGAAACCGAAGGACGCCUUUUCAAAAUGACAAUGGCCGAAUUUCGCGAAAAAUUCCCAAAUGCCGAAAUUGGAGCGGAUAAGGCGUAUUUUCAAACUGCUAGAAGACGAUCGGUGGUCCCGAAAUCCAAAAAAGGAGGAGAACGGAAAAAACCUGAUGGUGAAUACUACAGUGAUAAGAAGCCGGUGAAAAGAUGGCCAAAAUUCAAGCUGGCGAAGCCAUUGACCGAAAUUUUGAUUGAGGAUCGGAAGAUGGUGAAGAGUGGAGUGUUGGCACGACUUCCGGCAGUGAUUACGAUUGAGAAGAUUGUUGAGGAGUACCACGAAUUCGUGGAUCGCCAAGUUGAAGACGCGGAGCUCAGCGAUCAACUCGAUGACGCAAUGACAAGCACUGUUUUGACGCCGAUGGAAGUUGAAAUUCGAAAAUUGGCGGCCAACGCGUUCAAGGAUUAUAUCAAUGGAAGUUUGAGAACCCAUCUGCUCUACUCUGAGGAAUGGGAUCAAUACGACAAGCAUCAACUGGAGAUUUUGGGUCCGGAUCAUGGUAUGGAAGUGGAAUGGGAGGAGUUUACAGAGGAGGAGCUGGCUGAAAAUGCUGAAAAAGAGAAACUAGCGAAAGAAGAAAGGGAAGAGGCUACGGGAAUAAAAGAGGAUGAUACACCAAAGUACGAGAAGAAGUUGAAACGAUUCAUUGCCAAAAAGAAGUACGAGCCAGCCAAAUAUUAUGGAUUUUCGCAUCUUUUGAGACUAGUCUGCAACUUUCAUACACUUUUGCUCACUGCGAAAUAUGAGAAGGGACCUCAGCAGAUCAUCCUAUCUGGAAUCAAUCCAUUCAUCGAGUACAUUACUAAAAAUUGGGCGAAAUUUCACAAAAAAUUGACCAACGCCGGUGGACCAAGAAGAUCGAGAAACGCGAAAUGA